AUGCCUGAAGGGAAGGUAGAGACCGCGAUCAACGAGCUUUUGAACGGCGGUAGUUGGAGCAAGGACGAUGAAGAGCAGCUGAGGAUUCACUUCAAGUCCCUCCCCCCUCGGUACGCAGCCAUGGGUUACUCUUCCGACGCAGUGAGGAGUCACAUGGCUUUGGUUAAAGAAUCAUCAGGCUUGAAGGAGGGGAUACCGGCGAUCCGAUUGGACGUGAACAACGGCGAGCUUGACGCGUUCAUGGAGGACGAGAGCGAGACGGACGACUCCUUCUCAUCGGCCGGCGGUAUCUCUCUCUCGUCGUGCCUCGAGGAUUCGUUAUCGUCCAGCCGGACCGAGGUCACCUUCGCAUGCAGCACCCAUGUCUGUCGCAGCAACAUCUCCUCGACAUUUCACAGAUCUGGCAUCCGAGUUUUUGGAAUCUACACAUAUGACACAGCCGCGGGUGCAACCCUCGGUCAUUUCUACAUCCGAGCGUCCAUUUCUCACGUGUCCAAGAAGCAGAUUGAGGAUGUUCUUGCGUCGGCUAUUAAAAGACCUCCCAAAGGCCUCGGGAUUCAAGAAACCCUGUCCAAUUUUAUGAGCAAGGCGAGUCCGAGACACAGCAGCUUCGCUGAUGGAGACAACAGUCAGAGGUCCAAUUUGGGCUCGGUCCCUUCGUCACCUUCUCCGAGCUUCACUUCCAAGCAGGGCUCGCAGCCCGGGAAGGACUUGUUGGAAGUGCUGCUGUGCGAGAAGGGAGCGAUGAAGAAGAAGCUUGGUAAUUUCAUCCUUGAUCCGCUUCGGUUGUCAAUGGGACCGGUGAUUGCUGUUGGAGCGUCAGGCGAAGUCAGGAAGGGGACGUACGACGGAGAGACGGUCGCUGUUAAAGUGCUGAAAGGGGAGGGUAAAGACCCGUACGCGAAUGUUGCGGAGUUUCGCCGGGAGGUGGUAACCCUAAUGUCGUGCGGCCAGUGUCCGCAGCUUCUGAAGUUUCUCGGUGUCUGCAUCGACUUUCGGCAACGGAUCUGCAUUGUUACAAAGUUCAUGGAGGGAGGGACUCUGAAUGACCUGCUUAGGCGACGCCAGGGCAAGAGUUUGCCGCUCAACGACGCAGUGAGCGUCGCACGCGACGUCGCACAAGCCAUGGCGUUUCUUCACAAGAACGGAAUGAUUCACCGCGAUCUGAAAUCGGCGAACAUUCUCUUAGAUAAGGAGGGUCACGCAGUGGUGGGAGAUUUCGGCGUGGCCAGACUAAAAGGAGAGCGAGGGGAGAUGACAAAGGAAGUCGGAACUUACAGGUGGAUGGCUCCUGAAGCCUUUGGCACAAGUCCAUGGCCGGUUACCCAUAAAGCUGACGUCUACAGCUUCGGAAUCGUUCUGUGGGAAGUUUUAACAGGGGGAGUGCCGUUUGCUGAUUAUUCCCCGCUACAAGCUGCUGUGGCUGUUGCUCUUAACGGAGCGCGUCCGACUAUUCCGGAAUCGCUACCGGAAUCGCUUCGCUCGCUGAUUCAACGGUCAACCAAUUUUGAGGGUGUUACAGCAGCUCAGCAGUAA